UACGUUAGUUUGUAGUUUCACACAGUACUCAACACAUGGGUAUUGAAAAAUAUUAGAAUAUAUUUUAAAAUACAUUUCUCUCCUGUGAAGUAGAGUAAACGAACAGGAAACACUAUAGAGCCAUGGCGGAAAUUUUGAGAGUGUCCAGAAGGAGCGAUGAGAGUAGCCCUCUCUCCAUGACAUAUUCAGAAGCUGAUGAUGAAACAUAUAUAACUAUAACAGCUGAUGAGUUUCUGUCGCCCUCUCUUAAUUCAGAGGCCAAUUUAGUAAACUCCUUGGACGAAUCAAAAACCCUCGUUGCCGGGGAAAACCACACCCAAGAGUGCCACAAUGCAGAUGGAUUUUUUUAUACUGCUGAUGAGGUUCUGUCGCCCUCUCUUAAUUCAGAGGCCAAUACCUUAGUAAACUCCUUGGACGAAUCAAAAACCCUCGUUGCCGGGGAAAACCACACCCAAGAGUGCCACAAUGCAGAUGGAUUUUUUUAUACUGGUAAGAGUGGUAAACGCAAAUUCUCACCAAAUUCAAUCGUUUUGGCCUGGAAGAAGCAUACCAACGAGUUCAUAAAGAAGGAGAAGAAACAUAAGAACCGCAAGAAUCGACGUCCAGAAGGGACUCCCAAAGUGGACUUAACGGACCCGUCGGAAUUUAUAGUGGCCAGAAAGUAUCGCCUAAUCGAGUUUAUCGGGAAUGGCUCUUUUGGAGAGCUCUACCAAGCUGUAGAUAUCAAGAAGGGCGAGGAGGUGGCUGUGAAAGUGGAAUGCAUCACUGCCGCACACUCGAUGCUGGAGCGCGAGGCGAAGGUAUACAAACUUCUCGCUGGGGCUGAAGGAAUCCCCAAAAUACGAUAUUAUGGACCUGAGAGAGAUGUUAAUGUUCUGGUGCUGGAUCUGUUGGGACCCUCCUUGGAGGAUCUGUUGAACUUUUGUACGCGCACCUUCAGCUUGAAGACCACCGUAAUGCUGGCCUUACAGAUGCUGGCCCGCCUGGAGUGUGUCCACCAGAAUGGUUACAUCCAUCGCGACAUCAAGCCAGAUAACUUCCUGAUGGGCUUGGACGGGCAGCGCUGCCAGGUCUACCUUAUUGACUUUGGCCUGGCCAAGAAGUUUUACGAUCCCCACAGCGGGAAGCACAUCGAGUACUGCCAGAAGCGGGAGCUGGUGGGCACACCACGUUACUCCUCCGCCCGGUCGCAUUUCGCCGAGCAAGGGCGCCGCGACGACUUGGAGUCCUUGGGCUACAUGCUCAUCUAUUUUCGGCGGGGUAGGCUCCCCUGGCAGGGCAUUCGGGCCGUCAACAAGGCACAGAAGUUCGAGCAGAUUGGCGAGAUGAAGGCCUCCAUCACGAUGGAAAGCCUGUGCAACGAUAUGCCCGGCGAGUUCAUGUUGUACCUCCGCUACUGUCGUGGCCUGCACUUCGUCGAGAUGCCCGACUACGUGUAUCUGCUCAGGAUGUUUCAGAAUAUUCUAUUCCGCAAGAGGUUGCUCAACGACUUUCUCUUCGACUGGGUGGACCUAAAGCACCUGGCCAUCUAUCAACGUGACUGCGUUGUUCAACGGGGGAACGUCAACUGUUGCUCUUGCAGUUACCACAAGUACCAGCGUCGCUUGGAUCACCAGAGGCACCGCUAUAGGGUACACCAUCCGACGUGCCCUUUAUAAUAUGAUCUCAUUUUCCGCUGUUUUUAUUCAGAAUUAACUACUAAAAGAAAGUAUAUAUACUCGUACAUAUAUUUCGCAAAA